ACAACUGCCGCCGCCUUUCUUUUUCUUCUCUUCCCUUCACCAUUUUCCUUUCUACAUAUUCCUUUCCCUUCUCGCUCUUCACCGCCGGUGAAUUUCAGUUGACGCUUGUUGUAUUUUUUAUAUUAUUAUUAUUAUUAUUAUUUUUCUUCUCCUGUCUUCUCCUCUUCCUCGUCCGACUCCACAAACAAACAGGCUUGGCAGCUUCUCAUAAGAACAUUUCCGAGCUGGCUUCAAUAUGAGAGAAGAAGACAUAAACCGGUGCCAAAUUCAAGACUGGUACCCGAAAUUCUCGUCCAUAUCCAUCAAAACCAUAAUCCACGAGCUUCCGGAGUCUUUCAUCCAGUACCUUCUAGAUGAUUCCGGAACAUUCCUACUCCCGCAUUCAAUCACUAACGACGACGCCCUCCCGAACCGAGUCCACAAACCAGAAGAAGAAGAAGAUUUUGUCGCAUUGGAAGGAUCCGAAGAUGAAGCAGAGGAACCGCCGCCGCCGCCGUCUUUCCCCGAACUAGAAACCGCCGUUAAAGCCUCGAUCGAAUCAUUAGGAGGCGCCGUUUUUCCGAAGCUCAAUUGGAGCGCUCCGAAAGACGCAGCGUGGAUCAGCUCGACCGGGAAUCUCAAAUGCACAAACCUCGCUGAGAUCGCGCUUCUUCUAAAAUCAUCCGACUCGAUCGUCCACGACCUUUGCCAUGCAUAUGACUCGUGCGUCGAUAGCGAGAUUUCGUCGAGGCCCGCAAAGUUGUGCCUCGCGCUCAGGAAAUGGUACCCGUCGUUGAAGCCCGAGAUGGAAUUCCGUUGCUUCGUGCACCGUAAUGUCCUCUCGGCCAUUUGUCAGCGCGAGGUUACCAAUUUGUAUCCGGUUCUUGUCGAGAGAAUGGAUGAGUUGAAGGCGAGAAUUCAUGACUUUUUCGUCGAGGAGGUGCGGGGGAGUUUUGAAACCGAGAGGUAUACUUUCGAUGUUUAUGUUAGAAGAGAUUUUCGGGUUAAGGUUUUGGACUUCAACCCGUGGGGUGCCCCGACGCUUCCUUUGCUAUUUAGUUGGGAUGAAUUGGAAGAGAUUUGUGGAUCGGGUGACGGCGAAUUGGAAUUCAGGAUUGCCGAGAAUCGGUGUAUUCGGCCGGGGCUGAAAACGGCGGUCCCGUUCGAUUAUUUAGAUACGAGCCCGGGGAGUGGAUGGGAUCAGUUCUUGAAGAAUGCUGAGGAGGAAAUGAAGCAGCAAACUUCAGGAACUUCUUGAUGUCUAUUUUGAUUUCAAUUUUUGGUCUGAUGAUGGUAUCCCUAUAAGAAAAUAUUAUUUUUUACCGAGCUUUUUUUAUCCAUAAAUCUUUUUUUUUUCGUUACUAAUGACAUUAGAGACGGAAUUAGAGAUAAAAUUACGUUAGCCAGGUACACUAUAGAAACGGAAUUCCGUUACAAAUAUAUUAUUAUUAUUUUUUUAGUGUAAGUGUUUUUAGUUUGGAUAUAUGGAAUGUUUUGUGUAAAUUAUAUUGAUGAUUUGUUGAAAAUAUGUGCAUAGUGUUAUUUAUGUCAGGAUUUUAUAUCCUCAGGGCCAGUGUAAAUAUGUUUUGUUUUUUAUUUUUGUAAUAAG